AAACGCGAUGAGCAGAUGUUACGGAUGGACUUGGACAGUCGUCUGUCACUCACCCACGAUCUCGAAAAUGACCUAAAGAAGUUGGCUGGAGCCAAUUCGCCAGCAUGGGUAGAGCCAACAGAACAGAAACUGAAAAAUGCCAUAUUGCGAUUGCAACGGAACAGCACUGAACUCAGAGGUUUCCGUGACAACGUGAAUGACGCGCUUGAAGGAGUCAUAGCCCUGGAUGCGAUCGGUGCAGCUGUGGACCGCUCCUACGAUGCUACUUUGGCGACUCUACGAUCGACAAGUGCCCGUGACCAUCAAGCGCUCAAUGAAGUCGCUUCCGAACUUGCCGUUUUGGAUUCUCAAUUAUCAGAAAUGAUGCGAACUGCUGAUACCAUCAAGAAAAUACCGAAUGUGACAAAAACUGAAGGAGUGGACCGUCUUGUACGGAAUGCUGAUGAAAAGCUGCACAACUUAGGCAAAGAAUUAGACAGCAAGUACUCGACACGAGAAGAGGUCGGUCGCUUGGAAAGCGAUUUUGAACAGGCGAAGCAGAGCUGGAUCCCAAGUGUUGGAUGGCCCAAAGAAUGUAUUUCUUUAUUCCCAAUCGUUUCUUUAUUUCCUGCAUGA